AUGGAUGGCGAAAGGAAUGCGGCUCAGAAACCCAGGCCAGUCCUCUGGCCUCAAUUCGCCCGGACUCCGGUUAAGGCCUCCGCCCUGCCGAGGCCUCCGACUGCCGGGCCCACCCCACCCUCUUCGCCCCCGGCCAGCGGGGAGCCCUCGGGGCCUCCCGGUAGCGGAGGCCCGAAGCCGCGCCCCCAACGCCGUUCCCGGGUCGGCGCCGCCCAACCGCGGCCAGCUCGCGCCCCUGCGGGCUCGGCCCACUCACCGCCGCCGCCCUCGCUCGCUUGCCCCGAGCCCUUCGCGCUGCCGGAAGUGCAGGCCGCGCGGUUAGUCUGCGCCACGCGGUCGCUCUAG